AGAACUCGCGGCUCUCCGCCGCCAUGGCUGCCAAGGGCAACGGCGCGGGGCGAAGAAGCGAAACUUUUUGAAGGGAAGGGGCCGUGUGUUUUCCUGAAGGCGCGGAGCCGGGGUGGGGGGGGGGCGACGCGGCGGCUUCCCGGGGGGAAAAGAAAAGCGAAAUGGGGUGACCUCUGAGCCUUUUUUUUUUUUUUUUUUGUCUCACAGAGACGAUCAGUGCAAGUAGCUUUGGCUUCUGAUUACCUCCCACCCACCCAAGGCCCUCCUCCUGCUGGGCAUGACAGGCAAGAAAUCCAGCUUCACCUGUUGAGUGUCUGCCUGGAUCCCUGGCACUCAAGAGUGAAUUUUUGCAAGGCGUUUGCUUGGAAAUAACAUUCAGUCCCAUGCCAUGGGGCUUCCUGGCAGGCAGAGUUAUUUGUUACUUCUAAAUAACACAAUGACGGAUUCGAUUCACCCUUUCGGAGGUCUGGUUCCGAGGUUCUGAUCGCCGUCCUGUCGCAGCCACCUUUUCCGCUGAACUGGGAUAAAUGGAGACAGGAGGCAAGAUGCUGCUUUUCUUUCGGAAAAGGAAGGCGAGCAGCGAAGCCCGAAAACGUCUGGAAUACCAAAUGUGUCUUGCCAAAGAAGCCGGAGCAGAUGAUAUCCUCGAUAUCUCCAAGUGUGAACUUUCUGAGCUUCCCUAUGGUGCCUUUGCAACCUGCCGAGUGUUGCAAAAGAAGGUGCUGAUCGUUCACACGAAUUUUUUGACGUCCCUCGUCCCCAAAUCCUGCAGCCUCUCUAAUCUUGUAACAGUAAAGGUUUUAGAUCUCCAUGACAACCAGCUGACCUCCCUUCCCGCUGAUAUUGGCCAGUUGACUUCUCUUCAGGUUUUGAACGUAGAAAAGAAUAUUUUAAAAGCUCUUCCGGACUCCAUCGGGGAUCUCGCUCAGCUUCAGACGCUGAAUUUGAAAGGGAACAAGAUCAAGAAACUGCCUUCCACUUUGGAGGGCCUGCGGAGUUUACGAACGUUGGACAUCAGUGAAAAUUCGGUGCAGGAGUUGCCGCAGACGCUGGCUCACAUCCGAACCUUGGAGACCUUGUCCCUGGAUGCGACAGCGAUGAUUUACCCUCCAAAUGAGGUUUGCAGCGCAGGCACCGAGGCCAUCCAGCGGUUCCUCUGUGAAAAAGUGGGCAUAGAGUAUAACCCUCCCUCUCAGUACUUACUCCCUGUGUUGGAAAGUGAUGGAGGAGAGAUAUCGGCGGACGGUAUCCGGAGGACAGCUGGCAAAUACAUGGAACAGGAAGCUGAGUGGCAAAGCAGGUUUCUAGACUACGAGAAGCGAAAGGAGCAGAAGAUGCAGGAGAAGCUGGCUUUUGAGCGUGGGCUGGAUCUGGAGCAGAGAGAACAAAUCCAAUUGAUGCAUCAAAGUCACGUCCAGAAAGGAGAAUUUCUCCAAAGCAUGAAAAAGGAGCAGAUGAAAUUGGACGAAGGCCUGACCCGCCAUCAGCAGCGCCUGGGAGCCGAGCGCCUGAAGUUGCUGGAGCAGCUGAAACAGAUGGAACAGGGGGUGGCGGGCAGGAUCCAGAAACUGCUGAAAGAUAAUCAAAGGCAGAAACAGAGUUCCGAGAUCUUAAAAUCCCUUGAAAACGACCGGAUCCGGAUGGAGCAGCUGAUGGCCAUCACUCAAGAAGAAACGGAACAACUGAGGAGGAAAGAAGUAGCCGCGGCCAUGAAACAGAUGUUGUCUGAGACCUACAAGAACAAAUUACUUCAGGGAGCCUACGAGUCUCGCCGGCAGGACCUCGUCAACCAGACGUGCUCCAGCCUUGCCAAGAUGGAUGAGAAGUUCCAGCAGAUCCUGGCUUGGCAGCAGCUGGACCAGAACAAAGCCAUCAGCCAGAUCCUGCAGGAGAGUGAGAUGCAGAAGGCAGCCUUCGAAGCCCUCCAGGUGAAGCGAGACCUCAUGCAUUGCCAGAUCAGAAACCAGAUUAAGUUAAUAGAGAGAGAGUUACUGCAGCUCACGCAGUUGGAGUUAAAGAGGCAGCAGCUGGACACAGAGGCUCUGCAGGAAGCAAUCGGAGAGCAACGGCAAACGCUGAGUCAGCUGCUGCAGCAGCUGCUGAAGGAGAAGAAGGAGCGAGAAGAGGAGCUGCAAGCCAUCUUGAAAGAACUGGAGGCCAAGAGCGAGACAAAGCAGGAGAACUACUGGUUGAUCCAAUACCAGCGGCUGCUAAACCAGAAACCUCUCUCUCUCCGGUUGCAGGAAGAAGGCCUGGAGAGGCAGCUAGUGAAACUGUUGACGGACCUCUCGGCCGAGCACUACCUCCCCAUCUUCGCCCAUCAUCGGAUAUCACUCGAAAUGCUCAGCAGCAUGGUCCCUGGAGACCUGGCCGAGAUCGGGAUAAUGGAAUCUGGCUUGCAGCACGCCAUCAUCCAGAAAGCUCGGGAGAUACAAGCUGUUGCAGAAACAAUACCAGAACUGUUGAAGCCAGCAGAAAAAACGGGACCUACUGCUCCAGAGUUUAGAGAAGAGUCCACCAACGCUGAAGUCCCGUCGGCUCCAACAGCAGAAGAACACCACUGCGAGUGUGUCGUCUGUAUGGAGCUAGAGGCCCGAGUCGUGUUUCUGAACUGCGGCCACGUCUGCUGCUGCCAGACCUGCUCCGAAGCCUUGCACACCUGUCCACUCUGCCGACAAGAAAUCGUGCAACGGAUCCGACUUUUCCACAGCGGCUAGCUUACUCGAGGAUGGAAAAGGGAAAGGAGGUUUUUUUUUUCUCCCCCUCUCACCGUCCUGGAAGAGAAACCGAGGGAGGAAAAAAAAAAAACCCACCUGGAAUUUCAGCCGUCCUCCUUUCAUUUUUGCACGUCUUGUUUCAUCAUCACUGCGCGCUCGGAAUGCUUGUCUUGUGUUUCCGAGCACUCACUUCCGGUAAUCGCGCACGCCGGACGAUGGGGCAGGAAGGAAGUGUGCGCCACGCCUUUUGCACUAAAUAAUAUAUGCUGGUGGUUUUUUUUUGCUCACUGUUGUCCGCGAGGAGUGUGAUUACCGUAUUUUUCGGAGUAUAAGACGCACCUACCUUUUUUGGUGAGGAAAAGAAGAAAAAUCUCCCUCUGCCUCUGAGCAAUUUUGCCUCCUUGCAGCAAACAGCCUGCUUUACUUUCAGUUUCGUUUUCAGCAUAGCUUGAUUAGCACAAGGGGGGAAAAAAAUCUACUCCAGCAAUUUACCUCCUUGAAGCAAGCAGCAGAGCCCUGCGCAAAACAGCUGAGAGCAAAUCAACUGAGAGUCGGGAGGCGGAUCCAACCAACUUGUGCUAAUUAGCCUGUGCUGAAGCUGAAAGGAGCUGUUUUUUUCUUGCUGUUUGCUUGCAAGGAGGUAACUGCUGCGAGGCAGAGGCCAAAGGGUGGGAGCCAGUGGGUGGGCCCGGCUACAUUCGGUGUAUAAGACGCACCUAAAUUUUCACCCCCUUUUAGGGGGGGGGGAAAGUGUGUCUUAUACACCAAAAAAUACUGUAGUUCAAAAUGUCCAGGCAACUGUUGAAAUAACUGAAGGACACCCAAAAGUCUUCUUUUUUUUUCAAGAGGCAAUUGGGACUUUCCUUGAAAACGUUUCGCUUCUCAUCUUUCGAAGCGAAUUCUUCCAAUUCUUGGAUGAGAAGCCAAAGGUUUUCAAGGAAAGAAAAGAAGGAAAAGAAAAAGAGAAACCAAAAAAUUCCAAUAGCCUUUUGGAAAAGCACUAGGAGAACAAAAAAGCUGCUUUUUAUAACAGGGAAUCUCCGCCUGGAUCGCUCCCAAGCUACUAGUCCUCACUGAAAUUAUUCGAACCUUCCUGCAAGUGGGAGGGGAUUGCCAUUAUCUUCCUCUUCAGGUUUGGGUAAUUGAAAAGGAGGAGCCGUUCGCCAAAAUAUUGGAGUGGAAGAGAAGGGAAAUUCUUCUUCUCUGCUUUUCCCCCCGAGUGGAGGAAUCUCCCCAGCCAAAGAUGGCAGCCUAGCAUGACUGCUCCCUUAGAGACGAAAGUUGAACCUGGGUGGCACAAAAUGUAGGCUGGAUUACUGAAAGGCGGCGCCCAAUUGAGUGACCGCUCUGUUCUGCUUGGCAAGCAUGUAAGUUAAUAACUUGGUUAAUUAGUCAGUCAGUGGACGUGAACUGCCUGGGCACGCUCUUCCCCAGAAAUCGGGCGAGAGUGGUGGGCAGGAACACCACCAAGGUCAGGAUCCCAUGAGGACUGGAAACUUCAUUCUCUACCUGCCGCCUCCUGAAAAAUCUGCACUUUUCUUUGGACUGAACCACUUGCCUUCGUUCCGGGAUGCUCGAAAGAGCCUUUGGCAUAGGGGGUGGGGGGGGAAUGUUCUCCGCCCACCUCUCCCCCACCCCAUCUUUCUGGGGCUGCACCAGAGUCCAGAUAGGACCUUCCGGGUUGGAUCUGCUGCCUUGAAUCUUUUAGCCUCGAGGAUGAUGGGAAUUGGGGGGGGUCUUUCUUUUCCCCCAACUGGAAAGGUGGGGAAAAAAAGCAGAGGUGCCCAACUUUGUCAAUUUUAAGACUUAAAAGGUCCUGAAAGCAACCAGCGUGGGGAAUUCUGGGAGUUGAAGUCCACAAAGCUUCAAAAGUGGGCAAGGUUGGACACUCUGGAUUAUAGAAUCUGGAGGUUGAGGGGACUGUGAAAUUCCCACCUUCGCCCUGAUUAUUGCAUCAAUCUUCCUAGGGUUGCAAAGGGGCAUCUGAAGUCACGAGGACAUUGCUUUUGUGUUGGUAAGAGGGGGUGUUUCCAAAACUCUGUUGGACACACGAGGUCUUGGCUGCAAGUCCGACAAGUUCCGAUGAUCCUCUCAUCCACCUUCCCCCUGGAGAACCUCUCGCCCCGUGAUGGCGAACCUGCGGCACGCGUGCCCAAAGUGGCACGUGGAGCCAUGUCACCUAGCACGCGCGGCGUCGCCCGUUCCUCUUUCCGGGUUUCUGGCGCCCAUGUGCAUGCGACAAUCAGCUGGCCUUCCUGCGUGCGGCAGUAGCUGGAAACUGGAAGAGCUGGUCUUCCGUUUUUCCCGCGUGAGCGUGCAUGCCGGCUAGCUGAUCGUCGCACGCACAUGCGUGUCAGAAACCCGGAAGAGUAGCUGGCUGAAACCAGAAGUUCAAUAGCUGAAACCGGAAGUUCAUUUUCGGGCACGCGCAUGGACCCUGGGCAGCUCCUCUUCUGGGUUGCGGUCCAGAAGUGCGCGCAUGAAGUGCAUGUGCGCAUACUCCCUUUUUGGCAUUUGUUGCCAAAAAGGUUCGCCAUCGCUGCUUUAUCCGUUGCUGUUCCAGACAGACACUGGGAACUCCAGGGAAGACUUCUCUAGCUGCUUGUCCGUCCGUCCGUCCCCACCAAUUACCCAGUUCUGGAGUUCCUGGGGUUUUGUGUGAAAAGCCGUGAAGAAGGAGGAGAGGAACAUCGGAAGCCAUCGCCCAGGUGGAGCUUUCUUUCCCCAAAUCCUCAAGAAGGGCCCACCGUAACUUCCCGCAUGUUUGUCUGGUUGCCUACAUUGAUCGAUCUGUUUGCCAUGUAAUGUUUUCAUACGUACGUCAGCCGAGAAAUAAAAUUCCAGAGCUUCGA